UUUUUCUUCCUGCCGAGCAGCAGCAGCCGCGCGCGGAGCUCCGUCACAUGACCGAAAUGGCCUGAGUUGGACCGAAGUAACACCGUGUGGCUUAUUUUCCCCCCGACUAGCAGCGUUACAUCGUGCCAUGGAGAGAUUAGAAGCCACAUCAGAGCUCCAGUCGCGGUUGUCCUCUCUCUCCUUCUCGUCGUUCCCCGGAAUCACAUCCAAACAGAGCGACAAGCGACCUCUGGACAGGCUCCAGAACACAGACCUUUCACAGAGCAGCACCACGUCCAAAGGGCAGGCUGAUAUGGAUGAAACCAAGGGGGAUCCAGAGCAACAUACCGAGGGUAAUGCAGCGGCCUCAGCAGAGCUGGCCCAUGGGGAAGGAGGCGAGGAGAACAACGCUGCUGCGAGCAGUCAGCUGUCUGCUGAGAUGAAAGCCCAGACGCCGCCCCUGAAGCCUCCGACGACCUGGACAUCUGCCGCGCUGAAGGAGCUGAAAGCGAAGCUUCGAACGGAGGACGACAGCAUGGUGACGGUGUACCGGGGCGACAUCAUGACCGUUCACGUGCCCACUGUGCCCGAGGCCAAAAAAGUGUGCUGGGAGUUUGCCACAGAUAGUUAUGACAUUGGCUUUGGGAUAUAUUUUGACUGGACGCCCGUCACAAGCCGGUCCAUCACUGUGCACAUCAGCGAGUCGAGUGAUGAUGAAGACGAAGAGGAGGAGCUGGAAGGGCCCGUCGGCAACGGAGACGUCGAGAAGGGCUCCAAAACCCAAACCAACUCAAACUUGGCGGAGCUCUUGCCCGUGUACCGCCAGGACAGUCACACACUCGUUCAGGGGGGCAGCCACGAUUUUCCAGGUGAAGGCACAUACCUCCUGAAGUUUGAUAACUCCUACUCACUGUGGCGGAACAAAACCCUCUACUACAGAGUUUAUUACAGUGCCUGAGAUGCAUGUUUGUGAAUGUAGAAUUUAAAAAAGGAAUACCGCUUGUAAGACCAAUGAACUAUUUUUGAUUGCAUUCCUUGAAGAAAAAAAACGUUAUAAUAUAAAAGGUUAAAUAUCAGCAUAUCUAUUUUUAACACGAUCAGCUUGUGUUGCAACACAUCGAAUUCCUGAUCAGAUAGUUUUGAAUGCAACAUUUUCUCAAAUGACAUAUAUAUAUAUAUCAAUUUCGAGACCCUUUACACAUGUGCCGUGUCCCUGUACUAUUUGGUCCAGUGUCCGUCAUUUACAUGAAUCGUCUUCUGCUGUGAUAUUUCUAUGGUAGCAGUGAUCAGGGAACACCUGCACAGAAUUCAUUUCACCAGGCCAGGUGCUUAAUCAGCAGUGCUCUAAAGAAAUCGUUUUGUUGUGUUUGUGUGUACUGUGAGCGUACACCUGUUGUUCCGUGUAUUUAUCCCUCUGCUUUGUAUCUUAACUUAUUUUCUGUCGUUGUCAAACUAUCUAAUGGAGAAUAUAAUGAUAUAAAAACAAUUGCGUGCACUAAGUUGUAUACUGUCAUAUAUAUGGGUGUGUUGGUAAGAUGUAUAAGUUGAAUGUACUGAGGCGAGUCGUAACAGUUAGCCAGAGUGGGCUUUUUAUGACACAAAUAAAAGCCAUCCCUUAUCUCACAAAGCUCUUAUGUAAUAUAUUCAAUAUUUACUGUCGCUCUCCCUCCCUUAAUUUGCUGUAUCAGAGGUAGCAAGCGGUUGUAAUACUUCAUCUAAAUGCAUUCUGUGCACAGAUGUGAGUAAAGGCCACUGUCUGCUUUCAAAUCUCCUUCGGUGCGUUUGGCGUACAUUUUUGAUGGCGUUGCCUUGUUCCACCCGGGUUCUAAAAUCCACAAGUGGACCACACUCACUUCCCAAGAAUGUCUGGGGAUUGUCUGCUAACGCUGUAUACAAUACAAAGGAACGGGUUUAAAGCUUUCCAUGUCUGCUCAACUGUACCUUUUUACUGUAAGUCAUGAUGACGUUUGUUCAUGAAAUUUAUAUUCCCUAAUAAAGAGAAGAUUGGAUAGUU